UUGAGGUGUCCCCCAGUCUUUUUUCGGCUCUUGUAUCGUUCGGUUGUGUUUCUGAGCAAAAAGAAAUGUCUAAAAAUCAUUAAAGUAUUUAAGAGAAUAUAAAAAUAUUGCAUCAAGAGUUCAAGUGCUCCCCAGGAAUCUGCCGUUAAUUAUGGCACGUUUUUUAUUUUAUUUAGUUGCUGCUGCAAUAAUUUCUGUUGCUGCUGCAGUCUAUGAAGACUGUGAGGUACCUCCCAGUGUCCGAAAUGCCAAUAUAAAAAUUGAAGAUGAAGAAGACACGAUUCGUGCCAUCUACAGCUGUCAGCCUGGUUUCGAAUUGCGUGGACCCCAUGAAUUGAUUUGUGAUCUCGACACCGAUGAGUGGAAUGCCAAUCCACCAGAGUGUGUACAACAACAAAGAUCCAAUGAAGUAGAUGACGAAGAUGCAGACGAUUCAGCAGCAAUAGCAAAGAGAAAGAAGCAGCAAGAUAUUCCUGAAGAUCGUAUGGUAUCGCCAGCAUUAGCAUCUACAUUGGACAUGAGCUGUGUACAGGCCAAAGUAAAAGCACCCGAAAUAAGACAUGGUUAUGUGCAAAAAUACGAUAGAAGGCGGCGAGGCGAAAAAGUGUUUUUGGCUGCCUCUUAUGCUUGUAAUGAUAAUUUCGAAUUUGAGGAUAGCGAAAUUAAUACGCUAUACUGCAGUGACCGUAAAUGGGUGGGUGAAUUGCCAGUGUGUAUAGCAUUGGGUGAAUAUACUGAGGGCGAUGAAGAAGAAUACGAAGAAUAUGAAACCGUCGAUGAGGAAGUGGAGCAAGAUAAUGUGGCUUUGCCACCACCUCCACCACCAACACAACCUCAAGCUCCUGAACAUUUGCCCGAAGAAAUUAGCAACGAAAUUCCUGGUGUUGAAAGAGAACAUACUGAAUACCAUGAAUCGUCUGAAGUUACUAACAAAAUCGCUGAGACUUCGCAUCAAGAAGAGUCUCAAGCUGUUACUGAACUACCCGCAGUUGUAGAACCCACUCCAGAUCCCUAUACUCCUCGUGUACUGGACAACAACUGUGGUGCUGAUAAUGGUGGCUGUGACCAAAAAUGUGAACGUGUUUUGUUCCCUGGUGAAAAUGAACCACGUAUUCAGUGCUCUUGUUCUCAGGGAUUCAGUUUGGAUCCUUACGAUUAUUCCUCAUGUCAUGAUAUUAACGAAUGCGAAUUACCCGAAGUUGCUGCCGAAUGCUCAGAUGGCUGUGAAAAUACACACGGAUCCUAUCAUUGCAUUGUGACACUCAACAAUCGCGAAGACGUUGAAGAACCCACCGACAACUCCGGCAUCAUUAGAACCUCAGAGGUGCUGGAAUGCAGUGAAGGCUUUAGAGCUGAAGAUGGCAAGUGCGUUGAUAUAGAUGAGUGUAGCGAAGGUACAAGCGGUUGUGAAAUGUGUGUCAAUAUUGAGGGCAGUUACGAAUGUACCUGUCCGGCGGGCUUCGAUUUAGCCGAUGACGAAAAGACCUGUGUCGAUAUCGAUGAGUGUGCCAUUGUCAUGGAAGAAAACGAAUAUGAAGCUUCGUAUAAGAUUUGUUCACAUGACUGUCAAAAUACAAUUGGUUCGUUCCAGUGCAACUGUCCACAUGGUCAUCAUUUGUCGAGUGAUCGUCGUACCUGUGUAGUGGAUACCUGCAAUGAUUUACAAAAUCCCGAACUGAAUAAAACUCAUUGCGCCUAUGACUGUGUGGACUUGGUUAGUGGUUCAUAUCAGUGCUUGUGUCCUGAAGGUUAUGCCCUAACCGAGGAUGGUUACAAUUGCCAAGAAAUGCUGGAUGUAUGUGCUGAGCAUAAUGUGGCCUGUGCUCCUGGUAUCUGCCAGCCCAAUGAAGAUAGAACCACAUUUUCAUGCAUUUGUCCUAUAGGUUAUGAAGAAAUUAAUUCGAGAUGUGUGGAUAUGGAUGAGUGUUCGACUGGAGUGCACAAAUGUUCGUAUGAAUGCGUUAAUACCGAAGGCAACUAUCAUUGCUUGUGUCCCUCGGGCUUCCGCUUUGCCGAGGGCAGUGAAUAUGAAUGUGAGGAUAUUGAUGAAUGCCUGGAACAAGAGGGUAUUUGUGGUAGCUUGAAUUGUGUCAACUUGGCCGCCACCUUCAAUUGUUUAUGUUAUGAUGGUAGCGAACCAAAUGAAGAAGGUGUCUGCCUUAGCAUGCUAGAAGAUCCCUGCAGUGCCCACCAAUGUUCCCACGAAUGCUUAGCCGAGGGUCAAGGUUUCCGUUGCGCCUGUCCCGGCAAUAUGACUCUCGAUGACUCGGGCAUUAAUUGUGUAGUAGCUGAUAUGUGUGCCGUCAAUAAGAAUGGCUGUGAACAAAUCUGUAAAUCCGAGGAGGAAGGUAUUUGUAGCUGCUUCGAUGGUUUUGUUUUAGAUGUCAAUGGCAAAUCCUGUAUUGAUAUAGAUGAAUGCCAAAUCAAUAAUGGCGGUUGCCAUCAAUUGUGUACAAACUUUGCAGGUGGGUUUAAGUGUUCCUGUCAGGCAGGCUUUGAGUUCCUGGAGGGAGCUUUAAAAGACUACUGCUUUGACAUCGAUGAAUGUACAUCGGGUUUGCACACUUGUCAUGGCGACAUGAUUUGUGAGAAUCUAAAUGGCUCAUUCACUUGCUUAUGUCCGCCCGGGUACGCCCUGGGCUUGUCCGCCAAUCUUGCUGUAAAUAUCAUUCCAUUGUCAUCAGCGCUUGAUGGUUCAACAGAAAAUUCAUUUCAUAACUCUUACAAUUCUUCAUCCUCAUCAUCAUUACAAUUAUCACCUGCUUCGCCCAUGUGCUUAGACAUUGAUGAGUGCUCGAUCGAUAAUGGUCAUUGUACUCACUUCUGCAUGAAUCUUCCUGGUAACUAUGAGUGUUCAUGCCCGCCCGGACAUCUGCUGAAUGCUAGCGAUAACAAAACUUGUAUAUUGGUGGAUGUUUGUCUGCAAAAUAAUGGUGGCUGCUCUCAUGCUUGCAACAAUCUGAACGGCCAGGUUGUGUGCUCUUGUCCGGAUGGUUAUCGCUUACAUCCUGAUGGCAAAACAUGCUUGGAUAACGACGAAUGCUUUCUCACCAAUGGCGGUUGCGAUCAUAUUUGUCAUAAUAGCGCUGGCAGUUAUGCCUGUUCAUGUCGCUCUGGUUUCAUACUAUCAUCCAAUGGUCACAGUUGCCUGGACAUCGAUGAAUGCUUCGAUGGUCUGGCGAAUUGUAGUACUAUUUGUAUAAAUCUUUUAGGUUCUUAUGCUUGUACCUGUGAACCAGGCUUUGAGUUAGCUAGCGAUCAAAAGACCUGCUUGGAUGUUGAUGAAUGUGCCUUGGGACGUCACGAUUGUUCCCAUGAGUGUGUUAAUGUUGAUGGUGGUUUCCAGUGCACCUGCCCCGAGGGUUACUAUUUGGGAGAGACCCGUUCCGUGUGCCUCGAUAUAGACGAAUGCAUUGUCACAGAUCAUGGUUGCAGUCAUAAUUGCUACAAUACCCAGGGUUCUUACAUUUGUGCCUGUCCCGAUGACUUUACUCUUGCCGCAGAUGGUAGAAAGUGUUUAGGUGCCCGCUGCAACGAAAACUAUGGUGGCUGCUCUCACUUGUGUGAUCCCGAAAAGGGAUGUGUUUGUCCCCAGGGUUGGUCCUUGGGUAAGGAUGGAAAAACUUGUGAAGAUAUUGAUGAAUGUCUACAUCAAAAUGGCAACUGUCUUCAUAAAUGCCACAAUACCGAGGGUUCGUUUGAGUGCCGUUGCCCUGACGGCUCAAAGCCAGCACAUGGUGAAGACGCCUGUCCUAUUACCUGCCCCGCUGGUUUCACAUUUAGCCGUGAUGACCCCUUCAAGUGUGAGGAUAUCAAUGAAUGCUCCCUGCCCGGUGUUUGCCAAUACGAUUGCCGCAACACAAAUGGCUCUUACGAGUGUCUCUGCCCCAGUGGUUAUCGUCUGGAGAAUGGUCGUGAGUGUGUCGAUGUUAACGAAUGUUUAGAGAAUAAUGAGGCCUGUGUCGGAGGUGUAUGCAUUAACCAUAAUGGUGGUUUCGAGUGCAAAUGCAGCUUGGGUUACGUGUUGGCCAGUGAUAGAAAAACUUGCGAGAAACGUGUAGAAAUGCGUGAUCAAUGUCAUCCAUUUGAGGCUCCAGCUAAUGGUGAAAUCCAUUGCACCAAAUAUCGUCACAAGAAGAAACGUUUCUACAACACCAAAUGCAAAGUAUGGUGUAAUCAAGGCUAUCGCCUAGAGGGUCCCAGCCUACGUCACUGCAAUUCUUCGGGCCAGUGGGAUCAACAUGAGAGUAAAUGUUUGCCAACUGUGUGCCCACGUAUUCCAACGCCAAGAAAUGGUGUCAUGUUGCCGCAAUCAUGUUCUUUGGGUUCAACUUAUAUGGGAGAACAGUGUCGCCUUAAGUGUAACGUUGGCUUUGUGCCAGUGGGAAAAUCAGUAGCUGUCUGCACUUCACAAAUGCAAUGGUCCUAUGAGGGCACAUUUGAGUGUGUGCCAAUGCAUGUCGAUACCACAAAUGAUUUCACACCUUCCAUAAUGCCAGCCAUACACAAGCAUCAAAUUACAUACGAAACACGCCCUAUGCUCAAUUUGCCCUGGAAGCCAUCCACAUAUGGAGGUGUUGCAGCUGGUGCUGGUGUACAAAGACCCUACAUUAAGUGUCCACGCAACACUACCGUCUUUCUGGCCAAUGGUGAACGUACUGCUCACAUCAUUUUGGAAAAACCUGUUACCAAUUUGAAUUAUCGUUAUAUUGAAUCGUCACCCGCUUGGACUAGAGACCUGCAAGCUCAUUUGGGUCCGGGCAGCUACAAUGUUGUAUUCCGUGGUCAUGAUCCUGUUACGGGUAGAAAAGCUCGUUGCAAGACUGUUAUAAAUGUCAGGCAUGCUGAAGGACCUAAAAUAGUUUUCUGCACGGCAUCAUUUGAAGUGCAAUUGGCUGAAAAUCAAGCAUAUCGCUCAAUGGUAUGGGAGGAGCCCAGAUUCGACAGCAAAUAUGGCUUAAAGAAAGUCUACAAGUCAAGGAUUCCUGGUGAACUAUUUGGAGUGGGUGUUCACACUGUCUUUUACGAGGCUACCAAUGAAGAUGGUUUAACUGCCAAAUGUGAAUUUAAAAUCAAUGUUAAAGAAUUCAAUCCCUCCAUCAAACCACCCAUGCCCUCCAUCAAUUUUACACCCAAUAAAGCCGAUACCUCUUCAAGUGUAUCUAGCAACUUGAAAUAUACCACAAAUGUACGUCCAGUUAAUAUUGUCUCACCACCCGUUUCUCAUACUGUCAUGGAGCCCGUAAGACAUGCCGCCAUGUCUCCCGUCUCCCAUCCUUCCAUGGGUAAUACUCAACUUUUGCCCGGCCAUGAAUCGUUUAUUAUUUGUCCUGGCCAGCAACCGGUUAAGGUGACACAUGCCCAAACUGUCGAUUUGCCAACCAACUGUAUUUUGAAGAAUGUACGUCUCAAUCCCUUCCGCCAGUUUAUGUCACAUCGUCUUAUGCCUAGACUUUGGAACUCAUAUUAUUACUAAUUGUCCUUAAGAAAUACUUAAUAAAUUGUUUUUAAUUUCGAAAUAUUUGUAUAUUUACUACCUUUAAUAUAAGUUUAAAAUUUGUAUUUUUCUUGUAAUGUUCCAUUAAUAUAAUUUGCAUUUGUAAAUUAUAAGAAUUUUUCUAAUAAUUAAA